ACGUUAGUGACGGUCAUGAAAGCCAAUCUGCACAAGAACCACCACUGCUGCAAGUGCCCGGAGUGCUACGAGGCGACAAGAAUGGCAGCUCUCCGGCGGAUGGAACCGCAGACCUAUGGUGACUGGCAGCACGAACCUUACGGAUAUGCCGGCUUCAGCUCGCAGACGCUGCCCUCAUCCUCUGCCGCUGCAGGCAAGAGUAAAACCAAGCUCAUCCCCACCUCUCGUGACAGUGGCCCGAUUAAAAGCCAAAACAAAAGCAUACCUAAGGUAAACGGCAACAGCGGGGGCUGGUGGCCGGAGUGCACAUGUACCACACGUGACUGGUAUGAACAGGCAAACCCUCCUCCCAUUAUUGUGAACACGGACUCCUUAGAUUCUGGUCCUUAUGCUAAUGGGAGUGAUGCAAUGUACAAAUACGAAGAGAUAAUCCUGGAACGGGGUAACUCAGGUCUGGGCUUCAGCAUUGCUGGAGGCAUUGACAACCCCCAUGUUCCAGAUGAUCCUGGCAUCUUUAUCACCAAGAUCAUCCCUGGCGGUGCGGCAGCCAUGGAUGGGCGGCUGGGGGUUAAUGAUUGUGUGCUCCGAGUGAAUGAAGUGGAUGUUUCAGAAGUGGUUCACAGUAAAGCAGUAGAGGCACUAAAGGAAGCAGGGCCUGUUGUCCGACUGUUAGUCCGAAGAAGACAGCCACCACCAGAGGCAAUACUGGAAGUGAAUCUUCUUAAAGGACCGAAAGGACUCGGGUUCAGUAUCGCUGGAGGGAUUGGCAACCAGCAUAUUCCUGGAGAUAACAGCAUUUAUAUCACCAAAAUCAUCGAGGGAGGAGCUGCUCAGAAAGAUGGGAGACUGCAGACAGGAGACCGUCUGCUUGCUGUCAACAAUAUCAGUCUGCAGGAUGUCCGUCAUGAAGAGGCUGUGGCAGCUCUGAAGAAUACUUCAGAUAUGGUUUAUCUAAAAGUAGCUAAGCCGGGCGGCAGUCACCUCAAUGAUGUGUAUGCACCGCCUGAUUACGCCAGCACAUUUUCAGCUGUUGCCGAUAAUCAUGUGAACUCUGGCCUGGGUUACAUAGGCGGAGCUGAGAACAAAGUCCCCUACCCACUGCCAGCCAUCACGUCAGGCCGCUACUCACCAGUGCCCCGGCAUGCCAUGAGCGAGGAAGAUUUCACAAGAGAGCCAAGAAAGAUCAUUCUGCACAAGGGCUCUACUGGCUUGGGCUUCAACAUCGUUGGUGGGGAGGAUGGAGAAGGCAUUUUUGUCUCAUUUAUCCUGGCUGGUGGACCGGCAGACCUGAGUGGAGAACUACGAAGAGGAGAUCGCAUUCUGUCUGUAAAUGGUGUAAAUCUUCGGAGUGCUACACAUGAGCAGGCAGCAGCAGCACUCAAGAGAGCUGGUCAGACCGUGAGCAUCAUUGCACAAUACAGGCCAGAAGAGUACAGCCGCUUUGAGUCCAAGAUCCAUGACCUUCGUGAACAGAUGAUGAACAGCAGCAUGAGCUCGGGCUCGGGCUCCCUGAGAACCAGCGAGAAACGAUCCCUCUAUGUCCGGGCUCUCUUCGACUAUGACAGAACUAAGGACAGCUGCCUUCCAAGCCAGGGUUUGAGCUUCUCAUAUGGUGACAUCCUCCAUGUCAUCAAUGCUUCAGAUGACGAAUGGUGGCAAGCACGGCUGGUGACUCCUCACGGUGAGAGUGAACAGAUCGGUGUCAUCCCCAGCAAGAAAAGAGUUGAAAAGAAAGAGCGAGCGAGGUUAAAAACAGUGAAAUUCCAUGCUCGGCCUGGAGUGAUUGAAAUGAAAGGGUCAGCCAGAACCAAGCGUAAAAAGAGCUUCCUAUUGUCGCGCAAGUUUCCUUUCUACAAGAGCAGAGCGAAUGUUAUGCAGGACCAGGCCAGCUACCAGGACCAAUGUAUGACAUCCAACACCAGUGACAGUGAAAGCAGCUCCAAGGGUCAGGAGGAUACCGUGCUGUCAUACGAAGCAGUGACACGCCAGGAGAUUCAUUACUCUCGUCCUGUAAUAAUUCUGGGACCAGCGAAGGACAGAGUAAACGAUGAUUUAAUAUCCGAGUUCCCCAACAAGUUUGGCUCUUGCGUACCACACACUACCAGGUUGAGACGUGAAGUUGAAGUUGAUGGACAGGACUACCACUUUGUGACAUCUCGGGAGCAGAUGGAGAAGGACAUUCAGGACAACAAGUUUAUCGAAGCUGGUCAAUAUAAUGAUAAUUUGUAUGGCACCAGCAUUCAGUCUGUUCGGGCUGUCGCUGAGAGGGGAAAGCAUUGCAUCCUGGAUGUGUCUGGUAACGCCAUCAAGAGGUUACAGCUUGCAAUGCUCUACCCAAUCGCCAUCUUCAUCAAACCCAGAUCUGUGCAGUCUCUUAUGGAGAUGAAUAAACGACAAACUGAUGAACAGGCAGCUAAAACCUUUGAUAAAGCAAUGAAAUUGGAGCAGGAAUUUGCCGAGUUUUUCACAGCCAUUGUACAGGGAGACUCAUUAGAGGAGAUCUACAACAAAAUUAAACUGGUCAUUGAAGAACAGUCCGGUCCCUACAUCUGGGUCCCAUCAUCUGAAAAACUCUAAAUUUGCCCAACUUUAAUGAGAAGAAAUUGUUGAGGAAAAUGCUCCUUUUAAGAUAUGUUGCAUAUCGCGUUUUAUUGUUCUAAUUAUGUUGUUCUGAAUCCUCACUGUUGCUGUGGCUGUUUCCAUACUGCAUGGUUUUUUAUGGAAUUCCAUCAAAGACAAUGGAAAUACGCUCAGAUUAUUGUAAAGAACAUCAUCAGGGAACAGGACCAGGAUUGGUAAUAACUUUGUACGUUUCUAUUAUCAUAAGAUCAACUGUGAGAGUUUGGUGUUCUGGACAAAGAGAUGGUUUUAUAGAAAAAUUGAUGUCUACGGAGGAUUCCGAUGGUACCGAUCUUUUAAAAAGGAUCUUUUUAAAAUAUCCUAAUGCAGAUGGGUACGAAGAAAAUCCAUGUUACUUCUCUGUGAUUACACGCAAAUCGUGCUUUUAUCCAAUCAACAUUCUUCAUCUCAGGAGGAGAAUGAAAAUAAGAAUUUAAAUCCGUGAUUGUGUUACUGCAGAGAAAAGAAUGAUAAUUUCCAGCGUAUUAAAUUGUACAUUGUUUUACACAUCAAAA